CCUCAUCCCUGUAUCUCUCCUCUCUUUCCCUCUCAUUUACUCCCACUCUCUCUCUCUUGUCUUGUAGUGCCCUCGUCUCCUGUAUAUAAUACCUUCCUCUCAUCUCUCACUUCAUCCACCUCUUCUUCCCUUCUCUCACUCUCUGUCUUUGCUCAUUUCCUGGCCUUUCCUACAGCCUCUCUUCAAACAUCUCUUCCUCUCUGCAUCUUCUCUAUCCGCAUCUCUUACUCUUUCUUUCAUCUCUCCUCUCUAUUAGUCUCUCCUCCUCCUCCUCCCCCUCCUUCUCCUCCUCCUCCUCCUCUCUUCCAGCAGUAGAGAAUCACUGAACAGCGGCAGCAGCAGUAUCACUCAGCACGGCAGCGACUCGCAUGAAAGUGAGGACCGCUGUUUUUUUCUUUUUCUCGCCUCCUAGUUUUUCUCCUCUUCUACCCUCUUCCUUUUUUAUCGCUUCUUCCCAUUCAGUCUUUUCAUUCACUCAUUUCUUCUGUACUUUUGAAUCCUUUUUUUUUUUCUGCACACAUUGAUCCUUUUCGGAGUGCAGCAGUAUGAGGGUACCAUGCAUUCCAAACAGGGUUUCUGCUCCAUCUAGAGCAUGUAGCAAUAUGCUUUUCUUCUGUUGUGCAUCACAUUGGAGAUAAGUAGGACAGUCUUGUAGCUUCAAUAUAGUAUGUCAACCUCUGGGCUCAGAUCUGCUUCUUUAUGAACGGAUAUUUUAGCAGGAGGUAAAAAAAAAAAAAAAUGGGGAUCAUAUCAUCAGUCAUUUAACCAAGAUGAACUUCUCGGAUGUAUCGACACCUGUGAUGGCCACGAUGCCGCCCACUUUACCACCAAACUCUUCUUUGGAGAAUGUUAGCCAGGCGUCCUCUUCCUCGCCGAGAUCUCCUCCUCUACCUCCACACUCGCAGGUGGCGUCGGUGUUCAUCGUGCUGGUGGUCACAGUCAUCAUCCUGGGGACCGUGGUGGGUAACGUGCUGGUCGUGGUGGCGGUCUUCACCAGCCGAGCCCUGCGGGCGCCUCAGAACCUCUUCCUGGUGUCUCUGGCGUCAGCGGACAUACUGGUGGCGACACUGGUCAUCCCCUUCUCCUUGGCUAAUGAGGUCAUGGGCUACUGGUACUUUGGUUCCACCUGGUGCUCCUUCUACCUGGCUCUGGAUGUCCUCUUUUGCACUUCCUCCAUCGUCCAUCUCUGCGCCAUCAGCCUUGACCGCUACUGGUCUGUCACUAAAGCUGUCAGCUACAACCGCAAACGGACGCCCAAACGGAUUAAAGCAAUGAUCAGCAUCGUGUGGCUCAUAUCUAUCGUCAUCUCUUCCCCGCCGCUCCUUAUGACACAGAAAGAGGAGAGUUGGGAUUUGGACAUGGAGGCGGACAACAACACACAAAGGCAGGAGUGUCUUCUCAACAACCAGACGUGGUACAUCCUGUCCUCCUGCCUCGUGUCCUUCUUCGCCCCAGGAGUCAUCAUGAUACUUGUUUAUUGUAAGAUCUACCAUGUUGCCAAGCAGCGGGCCUCCACUGUGUUUGUGGCGAAGAACGUGAUGGAGCGGCAGCCGUCGCAGUCCGAGACCUGCUUUGUGGGCACCGCCAGGACUUGCCAAAGAAAGGGAACCAGCUGCGGGAAACCCCAGUACGAGCUGGACAGCCCGCCACCUGCGAAGCGACACAGCUCCUCCAAUGUAGACAGCAACAGCAGCAGUCACAAGAGAGGAGAGCUGGAUGAUAUUGCCUUAGAGGAGAGGAGCUGCGAGAUAAAAACAUCCUCAUCAUUUUCUUCUUCACUCCGCUUCCCCAGGAGAGCCGGCGGGAGGGUGAAAACAGAGGAGGGAAAGGACUCUGAGGGUACAGCAAACAGGUUGAAGCCUCCUCCUUCCUGUGCCUCCAUAUCAUGGGCAUCAUCUGACCACUGCUCCCAUCACUUCCUCCUUUCUUCUCCUGUGCCUCUCCGUAGCCGGCAGAUGUCUCUGUCCAAAAACAAAGUGGCGCAAAUGAGGGAGAAGCGCUUCACGUUUGUUCUGGCGGUGGUGAUGGGGGUUUUUGUUCUCUGCUGGUUCCCGUUCUUCUUUACUUACAGUCUCCACGCUGUCUGCAGAGAGAACUGUACGAUCCCCGACACACUCUUCAACCUCUUUUUCUGGAUCGGUUACUGCAACAGCUGCCUGAAUCCCAUCAUUUACACUAUUUUUAACCGAGACUUCAGGAGGGCCUUCAAGAAGAUUUUAUUCCCAACUCAUAAACGAACAUAAGAUGUGAAUGUACGUGUGUGUGUAUGUGUGUGUUUGUGUGUGUGUGUGUUUGUGUGUGAGUGCCUUCAGCUCAUUCACAUACACACACACACACACACACACAAACACAAAUGUGUGCACACGGUUUUAAUCCUGUUUUCCACUGUGCUGUCAUACCGACAUUAAAGGGCUUGUCAUACA